GGAAUCUCUCUUCCAUACUGGCCUCGGUUUUCUCUAAUUUUACUUCCUACGAGAUUUUUCUUUCGUCUCGUCCGUCUUCGCUCUUCAAUCACCCCAACCCUAAAUUUUGCUGCUGGUGCCCGUAGCCCGUAGCCCACUCGCACUCGGCCGAUCAGACCUCAGCUACUCUGCCUCACUCCAGCGCUUCCAGCGGCCAGACGCACACGGCUCGGCAGUAGCCUACUCCGGUUCAGGGCUUCCACCCACCCAGCCACCGUCCACGACUUCACGGGUUACAGUAUCAAAGACAGGGGAGCUUGAAAUGGCAAAUCAAGGUGCGAAAAAGCGCAAGGAAGAGAACGCUCGCCACAUGGCGAACCUCCGACGCAUCAUCAUUGUCUGCAAUGUUAUCUAUGUGCUGGUGAGGAUGGUGGUUUUCCAUUCAAGUUUCACCUGGAAGCAUUGGAUUGGUCUGAUUCUCACGUCUGUGGCUUAUCUGAUUCCCUACCAACAACUUGCCAGAAUGGCUCAGCCCGCUUAUGCUGAUGAUGGGGAGCUUUUCGAUGGUGGUUUUGAUAUGACUACUGGUGGAGUUUGUGGCUAUUUACAUGAUGUAAUUUACAUUACAAGCUUCGUACAAGUGAUGUCUAUCAUCUCUGGAAAAUUUUGGUACACUUACUUGGUGCCACCUUCUCGUCACUGCAAGCCACAAUUCUGUAGCAUUCUUACCUCACACCUAGAUCAACACGAAUCACCACUGGCGAAACAAGCCAGUACAGACCGAGACACCCAACUCACCAUUCAGCCCCAAGGAACCACCCAUCUUGCUGUAAACCGUCAGGAACACCAGAAGACGCAACCGGGGGAGUUGGAAGUUCUUGGACAGCCACAGAAAUUGCUGUCGAACGCUUCCCAUCACCUUGCGCCGCUCCGGUCUGUACAUACUUUACGGAAAGAGCUAAAAACUUAUGAAAGGAGUUCACCUCAGAGAGAAGGAACGGUGCAACAGAGACUCAAUGAGAGAGGAAGGAUGCGAUGGAGCAGCUAUUCAGCCAGAAACACAAAAGCAGUCUCUGGUGGAUGAACGGGACAGCCAGAAACAGCCAGGAUGAUGGGAGGUGCUUGGCCGGCUGUUUCUGGCUGUCCUGGUGGUUUUCCGACUUUCCCUGUGGCGGUUGUUGGUGGGCACAAUCAAAUCACACACAAAAGGAAUCGGUCACUUGCUAUAUAAAGAGAAGAAAGCGACGGUGUAGAAAGGGAAAUCCAGUGAGAAAAGCUUACCUUGGCGGCGUGAAGGUGGCUGAUCUGGUAAUUUUUGGGGUUGAAUGAGGUAAUUGAAGGCAGUGGCUGUCUCAGCUUUCGCUGGCUUGCUUGGGUGGUGCUAGGGUGGUUCGUGGUGGUCUGGGUGGGAGGGAAGUGAAGGUGGCUACUGGGAUGGUGUACGGUGGUGGCUUGCUGUGAGGAUAGAAUGCUACAGUUUUGGAGAAAUUGAGAGGGAGAGGAUUUAAAGAUGGAGAGAGGAUUUAAAGAUGGAGAAAGGGUGUUCAAUGUGCUCAAUUGGAGUCAGUUACUGACUGUUGUAACUCUAAGCUGCUGAAGGGCAAACCCAAGAGGAGACACAGAAUAACGGAAGUUCAAGGCAUUGUGCAGUGGUUUAUGAUAAUAUUUAAAAUAAAUAAAUAAAUAAACCAAAAAUUAUUCUAUGUUCUAAUUUAGGAUCCGUAUGUUACAUGUAUACAUCUUUAUGGAUGUUUCUGAGGAUCAAUCUAUGUUCACUCUGUUUGUAGAAGAUAUGAGCUUAAGCAUCAAGUCCACAUUUUCUUCCCCAUUUUGAGAGGUUUUUACCUGUGGUUAGAUCAUCUAAUGAGACGUGCGGUGUAAAUUCCUAGGUUCGAGACUUAAUAUUUGAAUUGUUCUGUCUGGCUUUCAUGUUUGAUAUGGUAUUUUGAUCAAAUAUAGACUCUUGACGGAAUUGAGGCUCUUCCGGCAAAAAGGAAGUAACUAUGUUCUGGAUAUUUGUAAGACUUAAAUACAUGUAGAAGAUUUUUUACAGACCGGAGAA